AUGGAGAGUGGCGAAGUGGAGCACCUUUUGGUUGUUCCCUUGCACAAUCAUCCCGAAUUCGUUGAACCUUGCGCACUCCUUCUGAAUGACGAAUGGAAGAAAAGUCUUCAAACUAGAAUUGAGAUGCUUGAAAAAAGUUCGGACAAUUUACCGCUAUCGAUAAUACUGGUGGAGAAAGCGAGUGACGGGACGCUUGUUCGUGUGGUGGGCCAUGCCAGAUUGUUGUCCGUACCCGGCAGACCGGAAGGAUGCUUCCUCGAAGCAGUUGUUAUCGAUAAAGCUUGUCGUGGCAAAGGAUAUGGGCGUCUGCUAAUGGAAGGAGCGGAAAAUCACGCGAGAAGGAAAGGCUUUUCCGAGAUGUAUUUGUCUGCCCAGGACGCACGAACUUUUUAUGAGAAAUUAGGAUAUGAAUACUGCUCUCCCGUUGCUACUGUGGCCACUGCGGGAUUAUUUGCGAGCUGGUAUAACAGUUCACUGAUGGAAAAGCUCCUGUCCGGAAUUGCCACGGCCAAUCAGAACAUUGUUUCCCUUUUGGGGGAUAACGGAGAUAAUGUAAAUCAUGCACUCGUGGAGUCUGUACCGGAGCCGCCGCUGAAUGGACCACCACCGCCCCCUCCGCCACCCGGUCCGCCACCUCGGACAGCCGCGCAAAAUACGAAAGGAACCGUACAUUACAUGCGAAAGCAUCUGUAA